AUGGAGUUUGCUGCGGCUAAAGUGGCUACAGAAACGGCUGCUCCGUCGACUGCUUUGGUGGACGGUCACGAGCUCUCGUACGCGGACGAUACCGAUAUUAAGGAGCAGGGAAAGAGGGACGGGCCACUAGCCGGCGCGGCGAUUGCGGUCGAAAUCGUCCACCCCGCGUGGUUCGAGCCUCAGCUUCGAGACGUCGGAUCUCUUUCGCUUUGA